AUGUACAAAAGCAUUUUUAUUUCUGCGGCAUUGGCUCUUUUCCAGGCCCAUCUGGCUUCAGCUAAGAUGUGUACAGUUGCAAUUUUCAACGCAGACUGCACAGUGUUGAAAAAACGCAAAGACAUUGAAAUGCAACCAAGUUGUACUCAAUUGGACUUUGAGUGGGAAUAUGAGGAUGUCACUUACAAAGUAAGGCUUCAUUACAAAGGUUGCAAAGCGGAAAUUAUUGGAACACCUACACUACCCGACCACCUAUUUCUACGUGGAAUAAGUCCUUGUUAG